UCCAAGGCGGAAGCGGCGCCGGCGCGGAACCCGGUCUGCGGCAGCGAUGGCUGCGGGUGUCCCCUGUGCUCUGGUCACCAGCUGCUCCGCCACCUUCACCGGGGACCGACUAGUGCAACAUAUCCUAGGAACAGAGGAUGCUGUUGUGGAAGCAGCUUCCAGCGAGGCCGUGAGGUUCUACCCCUGGACCAUCGACAACAAGUACUAUUCAGCAGAGGUCAAUCUGUGUGUGGUGCCAAGCAAGUCCCUGGUCACUGCCGAGAUGGCGGAGUCGGUCCAGGCAUUCGUGGUUUACUUUGACAGCACACAGAAAUCGGGUCUUGACAGUGUCUCCUCAUGGCUUCCCCUGACAGAGGCAUGGUUACCCGAGGUGAUGAUCCUGGUCUGUGAUAGAGUAUGUGAAGACGGAAUAAACCGGCAGAAGGCUCAAGAGUGGUGCAUCAAACAUGGCUUUGAGCUGGUAGAGCUCAGUCCGGAGGAGUUGCCUGAGGAGGAUGAUGACUUCCCUGAAUCCACAGGCGUAAAGCGGAUUGUACAAGCAUUGAAUGCCAAUGUCUGGUCCAAUGUUGUAAUGAAGAACGAUAGGAGCCAAGGCUUCAGCCUCCUCAACUCGCUGGCUGGAGCAAACCGCAGCAUUGGAUCAGCAGAGAGCUGUCACUCAGAGCAGCAGGCCCGGUUGCCAGCAGCUGAGAGGAUAGAGUCCCUUCCAGGCCAUCAUGGUGGUGCAUGUGGCUCAGCAGGUGCACAGGUUGACAGCAUUGUGGACCCCAUGUUAGACCUGGAUAUUCAAGAAUUAGCGAGUCUCACCACUGGAGGGGGAGAUCUGGAGAACUUCGAGAGGCUCUUCUCAAAGUUAAAGGAAAUGAAAGACAAGGCUGCAACACUUCCUCAUGAGCAAAGAAAGUUGCACGCGGAAAAGGUGGCCAAAGCCUUCUGGAUGGCCAUAGGAGGAGACCGAGACGAGAUCGAAGGCCUUUCUUCAGACGAAGAGCACUAAAUUCUUCCUGCUGGGUUUGCCCAGCACUGAUGCCAGCACUGUGCACUCAAAAGUGCUUCCCUGCUCAACCCGGUUCUGUUCUGCCAAGAUUGCCAUCACCAUGCUGGCCGCUUGACUGUUUGGGGGUCCCUUAGCUGGGCUUUUAGAAAGGAAAUAGGGAGACAUCUUUGCUCUUGGGUCGUAAGUGAAUGAGGAGUGAAAUGGCAGUAUUGAGACAUCUUCAGAUCUCUAGUCUUCGUUUUAAGACCCAGGGUAGAAUGAGUCUUAGAGGUCUGUACAGGAGAGCCAGGUGUCAGAGCAUACUGUGAUCCCAGCACCUGGGGGUCGGAGGCCAACUUGGGCUCCAUAAGGAGGCCUGCUUCUUUGCUGAAUCGCCAGCAUUCACACUGGCUGAAGGUCAGAAGUCUGUGCCGUUUCCUGUGUACUUCCCCUGGUCCCCACUGAGAGCCAGGCUCUGAGCUAAGGUGGAUGUUGUUGAGAAAAAAAUAGAGGCAGCUAUAGAUCUGGUGUGCGCCCGGUGGGUAGGGGGACAAGUGGCUCUGGGUUUGUCUCUCAAGCCCUUACGGACAUUUGAAGUUCAGUGUCUGAGUUCCUGCCACAAAGAAGUAAAAGUCAGAUGUCUGUGAAUAAGAAACAAGCAAAGGUUUCCUUCUCUAAGGAGGGUAGAACACCCCUCUCCCCAGCUGCAGGACAAGGGCCCUUAGUGCAGCCCUGUGCAGGCCAAAAGGAGCAGCACCAUGCUGGUUCUGAGCACACUGUGCUGACAUGUGGGCAACAGUGCGCUCUGACCAAGUACUGUCUCUAGAUAUUUGAGAUUUCAGAGCUGUGCUAUCACACUUGACACCCUGAAAGCAAGACAAGUGCCCCUUCUUUCUGUUUGGUAGCCAGAGAUCACUGUCAAAGCACUUGAACUGAGCAGUGGGGGAAGGUGAGCCGUUAAACAGUCCUGAGCCACCACCAUGGGCCCAUGGGCUCCUCUGCACCCCUCCAGGGCCCGGCCCCUUCUCCUUUGUUGUGUUUGAAUGCAUCAGCGCCAGGGGAGCACAAGGCAACAUUUUAAAGAAGAGAGCAAAGUGCAGCAAAUAAAGAGCCUUAUUUCAUCAUAGACUCUUCGGGGAGGAGUUUCUGAGCAGGUGCAGCCUGUGAUAGAUGGUGCCCAUCAUGGGCUGAGAGCUGGUCCUGAUUUAGCGUGGGAAACAUGGGUGGGUCACAAGCAGAAACAAAGCUCACCUGCCCUGGGUACCAUUUACAGGACUUGAAACAGAUGGUUGGCCAGGCCAAAACCAGCACAGGGAGGAGACAGCCAGCAAACAGUGGGUGCUGGCUUGCUCCGAGUCCCUGUGCCCACCCCCCACACCGAUCUUGUAAUCUUUGAGCUUGGGUUUAUGCCCUCCCUUCAGUAGGACUGAAAUUUUGAAGUGAGUGCAUUAGCCUUUGGUUAAGAAGGAAAAUUAGGGGAAGUUGACUCUGAGUUGCCAGGAAGGCAGAACAUGUUUUUCUUAAAACAUGGAAGAUUUUAGAAAAUAUGUUAGGCUACAUGAUUAAGAAAAAGUAGACUAGAAAAGGCUUGUAUUUGAUUUUUGCUGACUAAACAAAGCCAGGUAAUUAAAAGAUGAUUUAUUUAUAAAGUC